AGCCUCUAGGAUGGAUUCAGCUUUUUGGGAUUUCAGUGUUUUUUCGGAUCUUCAGUGAUUCUGGGGUCAGCGAUUUUUUUUGCCCCCACCAUGCCGACCUUCCUGAGCAGGCUGUUGCAGGCCUCUGAAGAAGGUGGACAGGCUUCCAGCAGCCAACCUCAGCGAGGAAAAGUUUGGAGGCUUUGCAAGUAGCCAAGUGACUGAAGCUUUUCCCAGUUUUGCUGCUGUUGACAGCUUGGCAGGGAAGGCAAAAACCUGGAGCCAGGCACCUCCUUGAGCUUGGGUUGUUGACUGCAGAUUGCAAUUACCAUGUCUGACUCAGUCAUUCUUCGUAGUGUGAAGAAAUUUGGAGAAGAGGAUCGUGGUUGUGAGUCACAUGGAUCAUAUAACAGUAAGAAUUCAAGGUUACCAGAUGAGAAGAAAAGAGACAGCAGACCAGUUGGCUUCUUUCAACUGUUUCGUUUUUCUUCAACGACUGACAUUUGGCUGAUGUUUAUGGGAAGUUUAUGUGCAUUUCUCCAUGGACUGUCCCAUCCAGGCAUGCUACUAAUUUUUGGCACAAUGACUGAUGUUUUUAUUGACUAUGACUUCGAAGUACAAGAACUCAAUAUCCCUGGAAAAGCAUGUGUGAAUAAUACCAUAGUAUGGACCAACAGCUCCCUCAAUCAGAAUGAGACAAACCAAACAGCUUGUGGGUUGCUGGACAUCGAAAGUGAAAUGAUCAAAUUUGCCAGUUACUACGCUGCAGUUGCUGUUGGAGUACUCAUCAUGGGAUAUAUGCAAAUAUGCUUUUGGGUAAUUGCUGCAGCUCGUCAGACACAGAAAAUGAGAAAAAUUUACUUUAGGAGAAUAAUGAGAAUGGAAAUGGGAUGGUUUGACUGUAAUUCGGUGGGAGAACUGAAUACAAGAUUUUCCGAUGAUAUUAAUAAAGUCAACGAUGCCAUUGCCGACCAAAUGGCCGUUUUCAUCCAGCGCAUGACCACAAGCAUCUGUGGGUUCCUGAUGGGAUUUUACCGGGGUUGGAAACUGACCUUGGUUAUUAUCUCUGUCAGCCCUCUCAUUGGGUUUGGAGCAGCCGUGAUCGGUCUGAGUGUGUCCAGAUUCACUGACCAUGAAUUGAAAGCUUAUGCCAAAGCAGGGUCAGUGGCCGAUGAAGUCAUUUCAUCUGUGCGAACAGUGGCUGCUUUUGGUGGUGAGAAAAAAGAGGUUGAAAGGUAUGAGAAAAAUCUUGUGUUUGCCCAACGUUGGGGAAUAAGAAAAGGAAUAGUGAUGGGAUUCUUUACUGGAUUCAUGUGGUGUCUCAUCUUUUUAUGUUAUGCACUGGCCUUUUGGUAUGGCUCCAAACUUGUCCUGGAUGAUGGAGAAUAUACACCGGGAACUCUUAUUCAGAUUUUCCUCAGUGUCAUAGUUGGAGCUUUAAAUCUCGGUAAUGCCUCUUCUUGUUUGGAAGCCUUUGCCACUGGGCGAGCUGCAGCCACCAGCAUUUUUGAGACAAUAGACCGGAAUCCCAUUAUUGACUGCAUGUCAGAAGAUGGUUACAAGUUGGAUCGAAUUAAGGGUGAAAUUGAAUUCCAUAAUGUGACCUUCCACUAUCCUUCCAGACCAGAUGUGAAGAUUUUGAAUAAUCUCAGCAUGGUCAUUAAAUCAGGGGAGAUGACGGCUAUAGUAGGAUCCAGUGGAGCUGGGAAAAGCACAGCACUGCAGCUCAUUCAGCGAUUCUAUGACCCCAAUAAAGGCAUGGUGACAUUGGAUGGCCAUGACAUUCGUUCUCUUAACAUUCAGUGGCUUAGAGCUCAGAUUGGGAUAGUAGAGCAGGAGCCUGUUCUGUUCUCCACCACCAUCACAGAAAAUAUUCGCUAUGGCAGAGAAGAUGCGACCACAGAAGAUAUAAUACGAGCUGCCAAAGCAGCCAAUGCCUACAACUUCAUCAUGGACCUGCCACAGAAAUUUGACACUCUUGUUGGAGAAGGAGGAGGCCACAUGAGUGGUGGCCAGAAACAAAGAAUAGCCAUUGCAAGAGCACUUGUCCGAAACCCCAAGAUCCUACUUUUGGACAUGGCCACCUCAGCCUUGGAUAAUGAGAGCGAAGCCAUGGUGCAAGGGGCACUGAGUAAGAUUCAGCAUGACCACACAAUCAUUUCAGUUGCUCAUCGUCUGUCCACAGUUAGAGCUGCAGACAUCAUUAUUGGUUUUGAACAUGGUACAGCAGUGGAAAGAGGCACCCACGAAGAACUGUUGAAAAGGAAAGGAGUUUACUUUACUUUAGUGACUUUGCAAGGUCAAGGAGAUUCAUCUCCUAAUGAAGAGGAUGUAAAGGGAAAAGAUGAAACUGAAGAUGCCAUACUUGAGAGCAAACAGACCUUUAACAGAGGGAGCUACCAGGCUAGUUUAAGGGCUUCCCUCCGGCAACGCUCCAAGUCUCAACUUUCUUACCUGGCCCAUGAACCUCCACUAGCUGGCAUAGACCAUAACUCUACCUAUGAAGAAGACAGAAAGGGGAAGGACUUUCCUGAGGAAGAAGAAAUUGAACCUGCCCCAGUGCGGAGGAUUCUGAAGCUCAAUGUUCCGGAAUGGCCCUAUAUGCUGGUAGGGUCUGUGGGUGCAGCCAUCAAUGGGACAGUCACACCCCUCUAUGCCUUUUUAUUCAGCGAGAUUCUUGGGACUUUUUCACUCCCUGAUAAAGAAGAACAGAGGUCACAGAUGAAUGUCGUGUGCCUGCUCUUUGUAGCUCUGGGCUGCAUAUCCCUUUGUACUCAAUUUCUGCAGGGAUAUGCUUUUGCUAAAUCUGGAGAACUCCUCACGAAAAGGCUACGUAAAUAUGGUUUCAGAGCAAUAUUAGGGCAAGACAUUGGGUGGUUUGAUGACUCCAGAAAUAGCCCUGGAGCACUGACAACAAGGCUUGCUACAGAUGCUUCCCAAGUUCAAGGGGCUGCGGGCUCUCAAAUUGGGAUGAUAGUCAAUUCCAUUACUAACAUCGCUGUGGCCAUGAUCAUCGCCUUCUUCUUUAGCUGGAAGCUCACCCUGGUCGUAGUGUGCUUCUUCCCCUUCUUGGCUUUAUCAGGAGCGGUCCAGACCAGAAUGUUGACGGGAUUUGCCUCACAAGACAAGGAGGCUCUGGAGGUUGCGGGACAGAUUGUAAGUGAAGCGCUCAGUAAUAUCCGCACUGUUGCUGGAAUUGGAAAGGAGAGACGGUUUAUCGAGGCAUUUGAGACUGAGUUGGAGAAGCCAUACAAGACAGCCAUUCGAAAAGCCAAUAUUUAUGGAUUCUGCUUUGGUUUUUCCCAGUGCAUACCGUUUGUUGCUAAUUCUGCUUCCUACAGAUAUGGAGGUUACUUAAUCCCCAGUGAGGGACUCCAUUACAGCUCUGUGUUCAGGGUGAUCUCUUCAGUUAUAUUGAGUGCGACCGCUCUUGGGAAAGCCGCUUCUUACACCCCAAGUUAUGCCAAAGCUAAAAUAUCAGCUGCACGUUUUUUUCAACUGCUGGACCGCCAACCUCCAAUCAAUGUAUACAGUAGUGCAGGUGAAAAAUGGGACAACUUCCAGGGGAAGAUUGACUUUGUGAACUGUAAAUUUACAUAUCCUUCUCGACCGGAUGUGCAAGUUCUGAAUGGCCUGUCAGUGUCCGUUAGUCCAGGGCAAACUUUGGCAUUUGUUGGAAGCAGUGGAUGUGGUAAAAGCACCAGUGUUCAGCUGUUGGAACGUUUCUAUGACCCUGACCAAGGGAAGGUGAUAAUAGAUGGGCAUGACAGCAAAAAAGUAAAUAUCCAAUUUCUUCGUUCGAAAAUUGGAAUUGUUUCCCAGGAACCAGUUUUGUUUGCCUGUAGCAUAAUGGACAAUAUCAAGUAUGGGGACAAUACCAGAGAAAUUCCCAGGGAAAGAGUCAUAGAAGCUGCAAAGCAGGCUCAGCUGCAUGACUUUGUCAUGUCGCUCCCAGAGAAAUAUGAAACCAAUGUUGGGUCCCAGGGGUCUCAACUCUCUCGAGGGGAGAAACAACGCAUUGCUAUUGCUCGGGCCAUUGUACGAGAUCCCAAAAUCUUGCUCCUAGAUGAAGCUACUUCUGCGUUAGACACAGAAAGUGAAAAGACAGUGCAGGUUGCCCUGGACAAAGCCAGAGAAGGUCGAACCUGCAUAGUCAUUGCCCAUCGUUUGUCCACCAUCCAAAACUCAGAUAUCAUUGCUGUCAUGUCACAGGGGAAAGUGAUUGAAAAGGGGACUCAUGAAGAACUUAUGGCCCAGAAAGGAGCUUACUACAAACUAGUAACCACAGGAGCACCCAUCAGUUGACCUGACUCAAGAACUUCAUGCACAGAUGAUGUUCUAAUUAUAAGAAUGCUAUAGGUUUUUUUUUUUUUUUUCUUAAGGAGAAACAGGGAUAUUUUACUUUUACAGAUAUUGUUAUUCAUUGGAAUCCAAGCUAAUUGCUAAUGACCUUCAAAAAUAAUUUAGUUUUAAAUGUAUAUAUAGAAAAUGAAAACAACUAGGGUAGAGUAAGUGAAAAUCUAGUGCUAAGCAAUGAGUCCACCACCACUCAGUGCUUUUUCUCAUGCAGGAGGUAUUCCCAUCUAUUUAAAUAAAAACAAAAGUUCAUUAAAAUGAACAUUCCAAAAAGAGGCCUUGAUAAUUAACAGGACUGACAGUUCUUUUCAAAAUGUCUCACUACUACGAUAUCUUCUCCCUACUCCAUCCCCAUCCCAAGUCCAAUCAACAUAUAAAUUUUUUUCUUCCCACAACCAACGAAUGAAAUUUUGCCUACAAAUUAAGCUGCAACUAUUGUAUAUUGACCAGUGUUAUUUAUGUCUUCACCCAGUGUUUCCUGGUAAAUUAGCAUGAAGAUAGUUUAGCCAGUUAACUGGUUAGAUCAAAAAAGUUGGUGAUUUUACCAAGUCAGAGAGGGAGAUGUGAUCUAGUUAAGUUAUAAAAAAUUGCAGUGAAAAGUAAGUUUCUGAAUAAGGAAUUAAACUUUGCAGGUAAGUAAUACUGAAGAAAGACUACCAAAAUCCAUUUGUUCCCAUUUUCAUUUCAGAGAGAAAGAACACAAACUCUGUGCUGCAGGGCUGCCAGUUUCCUGGAAUGGAAUGUGUGGGGUGUGGAAAAGGAAAGGAUAUGAGUUAUCUUUCAAAGAAACUACUUGAACCUUAUUUACAAAAGGGAAAAGAUUGAAGAGGGCUUGAAGUGACUUGGGGAAACAAUUGCUUUUUGAGGCUCAACAACAAGGGAGAGGAUUUCAACUUCAAAAAUAAAGAAAAAAAUAAGUUGCAAAUUUAUUUUACGGCACCAGGGAGCACCAAUCCCUCUAUUUUUAUCCCUCCUCUAUCACCA